AUGGCUCGGUCUGGAGCGUCGCACGGGCUGAAGGCGCCAGCUUUGCUGAAUGCCUACAGCGCGCUGAAGACGGUGCAGGAGAUGGAUCCAGACUUCAAGCACAAGGUCCGCGUGCCGGUCAUGGUCAUCACCGGGACCCAGUCGGCGGGCAAGACCACCUUCAUCGAGGCCAUGGUGGGCUUUCCCGUGGGCUUUACAGACCGGAACACGGGCACGCGCUGCCCGGUCCGCUACGUUUUGAGGAGGUCGGAGGAAGCCUGCUACAAGGUGGCAGGACAGGAGCUCAGGGGUCAGAAAGAGGUCCGCGAGAAGGUUACCGCGCAGAUGAAGAAUCUGGAGUUGAGGAAGCAGUUCAUUAGUGAGGAGGGGACCGUGUUCAGCUUCGGAGAGGCGCAGUUCGGCGCAGCGAUCGGCGCCAAGCGCAAAAGCGAAAGCGAGGACCGGGUCGGAGAGGGCAUCGUGAAAUGGAUCAUUGAGAGGCUGCUGCGGCGAAGAAGGGGCGAGACUGCUCGCGAGCGAAUGUCGAUGGCCCGAAUGCAGGAUCGAAGCCAACCUGAUUCAGAAGACAUUGCGAAGAUUGUGAAGGAAUAUCUUCGAAAUGAUCGGGUGAUGCCGGUCGUUUUGUGCAAGGCGCGGAGUGGAAUUGACGUUGAUUUCGAUGUGGCGGAUGGUGAAUUCAAGAACUGA